ACCCUGCAAAGUCCAACGGCCCUUGGACAUCAAGAUCUGGACCCAGCAAAGUCCAACGGCUUUUGAACAUCAGGGUUUGGACCCAGCAAAGUCCAACGGCCCUUGGACAUCAGGGUUUGGACCCAAAAAAUCCAACAGCCUUUGGACAUCAAGAUCUGGACCCAGCAAAGUCCAACGGCCUUUGAACAUCAGGGUUUGGACUCAGUAAAGUCCAACAGCCCUUGGACAUCAGGAUCUGGACCCAGCAAAGUCCAACAGCCCUUGGAUAUCGUCUUUUAACCUUGCUACUGCCAAGAUCCCGCGGCUAUUGGCAUUUGCCAUGGCCCACGCUGCUCGUGCCAAGGGGCAGAUGGAGAUGCAGCGGGAACCUCGAGGGCUCAGGAUGAGGCUGCAGUUCACUUCCCAAAUCCAUUCUUACCAGCGACGCUCCCCGGGAGCCCCGGAGGUGCCCUUGGGCAACAGGGACAGCACGGCCAGUCCUUGUAUCUGCACCGACAGCUCUGGGAAAAUCAUCUCAGCCCCGAGAUUCACCUAUGCACAGCAUUCCUUUGGGCUGGUUUGGGAAGCACUGGCAAGGAGACAAAGGGCAACUCAGGCCCUGAGAGAAGGGCUUUAUGCCAGGAAGGACUCAAACAAUUCCCUGCUAGUUGGAAUCAAAGAGGACAUCAAUGUCCUCCCUGAGCAGAGGGAGGCUCUGCAAGAGCAGGUGGGAGAGUUGACAGCAGCCCCCAGAGAGUCACAGGAACUGGUUGUCCACAAAGCUCAGCGAGAGGGGAGUGAGGCCCUAGAGAGCCCAGCUGUAGCUCUGGAAGAGAAGAAACUGAGCCUCAGAAGCCUGGAAGGAAACAGCCUGGCCUGGAGCAAACAAACAUCUCAGCUUCGUUCUGCCCUUCAGCGGAGUGAGCAGCUCCUCUCAGACCGUGUAAGAGAACUGCAGGAGCUCAACAGCCAGAUCCGCUCCCUGCAGGAAGCCAUGCAGGACAAGGAUGCAGCCCAGGCAGCUCGGGAGGAGAAGCUGCUGCAGGAGCUGCAGGAGUCCCGAGCGGGCGAGCGGCGCUUGAGGGACUCGGUGCAGGCGCUGGAGGCUGAGGUCUCAGAGCUGCGCUCGAGGCUCCGUAGCUCCGAGGACAGAGCAGAGGCCUUGGCCACGCAGUGCCAACAGGCCAGCAGUGCCCACUGCCAGGCUCAGAGCCAGCUGGACAAACUGCUCCUGGCUGUCCACCGCGCCAUCAGGGACAGCAGCAGCGCGGCCGCGUGGAGCCCAGAAAAGGGCCAUGUCGUGAGCCUGACUGCUUCUCAGGCCGGGGAUGUCCCCACAGAGCUGGCGGUGGACGGAGCGGCAGCAGCCCUGCAGGACCUGUGGCAGCAGCUGGAGUGUUCCCAGAAAGAUCUGAACAAAGCCAGGAAGAAGAUUCGGGUCUUGAAGCUGCAGCUGAGCACGACACAGGCUCAGAGGGACUGUUUCAGUGCCCGCAACCAGGAGCUGCAAAAGCAGCUGGCUGACAGCCAGGAAGCAACGCGCAGGGCAGAAGGCAGGAACUCUCUAGAAGCUGCCCUGAGGGAAGAGGCCGCUGCCAGAAGGGAAGAGGCUGUGGCUCUCCAGCAGGAGUUGGAAUCUUUGCAGAGGAAACUGGAGCACGUGGAGAAGGAAAGAAAGGAUGUGCUGCAUGAAUGGGACAGUCUGCAGGCAAACAACGAAGAACUUGAGCGUCAGAUCAAGCUCCUGGAAGAACCAGUCACAGCCUCUGAAAGCCAAGCAAUUGCAGCCAUGGACAGGAAUCAUUCCCUCCAAGAACUCCGGACUAUCAUAUCCAUCUUCCAAGUGAAAAAGGAAAAACUGGAAGCACAGGAAAAGAAACUGGAGAUGCUCCAGAAAGAGGCAGAAGAGGCCCAAGCUCUGCAGGGGAACCUCACUCGCGUGACUGCCGACCUCUCAGAGAGGGAGAGGGAAAUCAGGCUGUACCGGGAGCAGAUGAGAAUGCUGGAAAAGAAGAAUUUAAUGCACAUAACUUCCUUGCAAAGGAAGGAACUAAACCAGAUGAGGAGGGAAACUGAGAGGGAAGCCAUGAGGGAAAAGCUGGAGCAUAUGGCUGCUGCUUUGAAGCAGAGAGAAAACAGAGAACUCGAAUGGAGGAAGAAGGCUCAAGCCCUGGGUGCUGCCCUUGCCAAGAGUGAAAUGUCCAAAGGGAGUCUGAGGAAAAAAUUAACAAUCCUGCAGAGAACAGCUGCCAGCAGGGACACGGACUGCUCCUUUCUGCAGGCUGCUGGAGAGGAAGGGAAGUGGCUGUCACUGCACGCCAAGAAGGGCCUGGAAUGCGUGCUCGGUCUGAUUGCACCAUCAGAAGAGAAGACGGGGAGGAGGGAGCUCAAGGCUGAGCCCAGCAGGAAUCUUGGGCAGGUGGAGCAUCGGCGGAGGAGCCGGAAGGGACGCUGUAGGCAUCAGGAGAGGGAGAGUUUCCUCUCUGUGCGCCAGGCGUCCAAGGAGCUCAAGUAGAAAAGUUCUUCAAUGCCCUGGGUGUGCCCGCUGCAGCCGGCCCAAGACCAACAGCACCAGCAGGACGACGUGGAGUGCUGUGCAGGGACCAGCCAGGAGCUGUCCUGCUCCUCACCAGCUGCCAGCCACUAUUUUGUCAUAAAGAAUAUU